AUAGUGUGUAAUCUGAGGACUACAGCAGCACACGCCCCACAAGGAAUUGAAAACACGUCAUGAAAAUUCUGCCUAGUUUCCUUCAUUUUCGAAGAAAAGCAGUGUGUGCGACUUGCACGGUUUUUGUAUUUAUAAGGUUUUGCAAUGCAAUGUGUCCGAAGACAACCGAAAAGAACAAAAUCGGAAGAAAUAAUCUUCCAGCAGCAGAGCAAGAAGACCGCUCUUGAGAACGGGAAGAGACUAGGCUUAGAAGGGGAUGAGGAUCUGAAGUUCCUCCUCACAGGCGGUAAUCUCAAGAAAGUGAAGUCUAGCUCAUGGAGGAAGAUGCGUUUCUACAAGCUGCAGGAGGACUGCAAAACGAUAUGGUACAAUUCUCAAAAACCUGUGAAGUCACGUGGAUCCCAGACGUUCUCUAUCGAUGACAUUGAGGAUGUGCGGUUUGGGCGGCAGUCAGAGGGCAUGAAGAAAUACACAGAGGGCGGCCUGGAGGACUUUUGCUUCUCUAUCAUCUUUAAAGGUCGCAGGAAAAACCUGGACCUCAUUGCCGACAGUCCAGAGGAAGCCAAGCAAUGGGUUACUAGCCUGAAGAAGAUCAUUGAGCACACAAAGAGCAUGAAUCAGCAACAGAACAGAGAGCACUGGAUAUACAGCUGCAUGCGGAAGGCUGACAAGAAUCACGACAAUAAGAUGACAUUAAAAGAGAUGAAGUCAUUUCUAAAACACAUCAACUUUGAAGUGAAUGAAUCCUACGCAGAUCUUAUCUUUGUGAAAUGUGACAAAUCAAGAUCAGGCACAUUGGAGGGUUCUGAAAUCGAGGAGUUCUACAAAAUCCUGACCUAUAGACAGGAGAUUGAUGUCAUCUACACCAAAUAUGCACAGACUGAAGGCAAGAUGAGCCCACAGGACUUGGCACAGUUCCUACAACAUGAACAGCUUGAGGCUGUCACAGCGAGCGAUGCGUGCUCACUCAUUGAAAAAUAUGAGGUUGACGAAGAAGCAAAACAAAAGAGACAAAUGACCAGAGAUGGCUUCCUGAUAUACCUGCAAAGCCCACUUGGGAUGAUCUUCAACCCUGCACACAGUGUAGUAUAUCAGGACAUGACGCAGCCCUUGAACCAUUACUUCAUCUCAUCUUCACAUAACACCUAUCUGAUGGAGGACCAGCUCAAGGGACCGAGCAGCCCUGAGGCCUACAUCAGGGCCCUUCUGAAGAGCUGCCGCUGUGUGGAACUGGAUUGCUGGGAUGGGCCUGACAAAGAGCCAGUGAUUUAUCAUGGAUACACUCUCACCUCUAAAGUGCUCUUCAAAGAUGUCAUUAGUACCAUUAAGCAGUAUGCUUUCAAGCAACUGAAGGGCAAAUUCCUUAUCAAGGGGAAACGGCUGAACAAACUGGAAUCAUUCUUUGAAGACAAUACUAUAGAAGAGGAAUUCGUGUCAGAGGAGGAUGAGGCUGCAGAUGUGAAGGUGGAACAAGCCAAAGAGAAGCCAUCAAAGAGGUCGAAGAUAAAACUGGCAAAAGAGCUUUCUGACUUGGUCAUCUACUGCAAAAGUGUUCACUUCCCCGGGUUUGAAAGUGCAAGAGAAAAACAAUCUUUCUACGAGAUGGCUUCCUUCAAAGAAGGGAAAGCUGAAAAGCUAGCACUAGUGUCAGCAAGUGCUUAUGUUUGUCACAACAUUGAUAAACUAAGCAGAAUCUACCCAGCAGGCUCAAGAACUGAUUCAUCCAAUUAUAACCCUGUUAAUCUAUGGAAUGUUGGUUGUCAAAUAGUUGCCCUAAACUUCCAAACGUCCUGCAAGGAGAUGGAUCUGAAUCAAGGCAAGUUCAUGCAGAACGGUUUUUGUGGCUAUGUCCUGAAGCCUGAAUUUCUCCGAGACAGAUCUUCACAGUUUAAUCCCUACAACCUGAAACUGAACCAUCAGCUGAAGCCUAAGAUUCUCCAUGUGAUGAUCAUCUCAGCUCAGCAGUUACCCAAGGUGAAGAACAAUAAAGACAACUCCAUCGUUGACCCCCUUGUAAAAGUGCAGAUAGAGGGAGUUCCAGAUGACCAGCAGAAACAACAAACUGAAUAUAUUCAAAAUAACGGACUGAAUCCCAUGUGGAAUGAGAGUUUCAGGUUUAAGGUUUGCGUCCCAGAAUUGGCUCUAUUGCGCUUUGUGGUGGAGGAUCAUGAUGUUGCUUCUCACAAUGACUUCAUCGGGCAGUAUACUCUGCCUUUCACCAGUCUACAGAAUGGGUAUCGACAUGUUCCUCUGCUGAAAAAGAAUGGGAACCUUAUCUCUUCUACCUCACUCUUUGUUCACAUCAUGGUCAUGGAUUCUCAAUAGAGACAGCCUCAAGCAAAGCAACUCAAAGCCCAAAAUGCUGAAGUGCUAGAGUCCCUAUUUUACAUGCAAAAGACCUUCAGCUAUUUUACUGUUUUGAUAUCAUGUCAGUUGUCAUUUGUUUCUGGAUUAUUUUGAUAUCUGGAUACCAAAAAAAGAAAAGAGUUGUGUAUGUAUAUGUCAAUAUUAUUUUUUUAACUUCUUGUUUUAUAAUCACAUAAUA